GGAUUACAUCUAUGCAACUCUUCUGAUAAUUUCUUAACAAUAAAUGCCUUAGUGGUGUCUUCUUUACCUUGAAUUUGCAACUGAUAACUGAUUGCACUCAAAUAACACCUGACGAUGGAAUGAGUGAAUGAGUGUGUAUAUUCUCUCGGACAGGCAUAGACUAAUUGUUCACUUCUCAAAAGAGAAUAGAGUGUGCAGGAAGAAUCGAGAGUUGAGAGAAACAACAAGAGACUGCAUUUCUCUUAAGGUGACCUUUCUUGCAUUUAGUACGGAGUUGUGGUUGGAUUCUAGAUCUGACGGCACCUUGAGAGGGAUUACGUUGUUGCCUUUGACGCACAUCGUCAUCAACAUGCCUUUUGAGGACCUAGUACAUUAUGAUGGUUGUUGUUUUCCACCGUUUCCACCUUUGGCAAAGGAUGCUAAAAAGCAUCUAGAAGCCCUGCGAAACAUGGAAACCCGCGAUGAUGACGUCAUAAUGAUUACGUUCCCCAAAUGUGGUACACAUUGGGUUUGGGAAAUCAUCACCAUGCUCCUCAAAGGGAAAGCUGAAUAUCAUCCACUCACCAGAGAGCACGUAUUUCUCGAUGUCAUCGACGAUUUGUCAUCAUUAGACACAUUACCAUCACCUCGAGUGUUUAACACGCACAUGCCAUACCGUUGGUUACCAAGGGAACACUUUAAGGCGGGGCGUAAAGUGGUCAACGUCAUCAGAAACCCGAAAGACGUAGCGGUAUCGUGGUACUGUCACUGGCAUUCAUCUAACGAACUCGGGUGCGGAUCUAUCUGUUGGUCGGAGUUUUUCGAAGAAGUUGUAAUGGGGCAAUAUAAAAAUGCAUUUGGAGGAUAUUUCAACUUUCAGAAAGAACUAUACCAUGCUAUCAAGUCUAAUGAAGGGUACUCACUUUGUACCUUGUACUACGAAAAUUUGAAGAAGGACCCAUGCUCUGAGAUUCUCAAACUAGCUGACUAUUUGGGAGUGCCUUGUACCACAAGCCUUGCAACGGCUAUAGCUGAAAAAUGCAGUUUCCAAAACCUCAAGCAAGCUUCGGAUGAUAUGAAAGAUCAUGGCGAGGUAAUGAAGGUCAUGAAGGAAAUGGGAAGAGAUCCGCCAAAAUUUUAUCGAAAAGGCGAGGUUGGGGAUUGGAAAAAUUGGUACACUGUCUCUCAGAACGAGCGCCACGACGCCAAGAUACAGGAGGAAAUGAAGGACGUGAACUUUGACCUAAAACUUAUCUACGAAAUCUAGCCGUCGCCGUGUACGAUAUGACUUCCACCGAAUGGGUUUCUUGAUAGGAAAUCCUAUUUUAAAACCAAAGACAAAAUAAUCUGUAUAUAAUGUUUCAUACAAUUUUUGGUUUAAUAAAAAAUAUCAAAUCA